AGAGAAUCGGAGGGUCCCAGCCACAGACCUGUUUGCCUCAGGAAGCCGAGCUCAUCUGGAUUCCCACCAUGGCCUGGGCCCCUCUACUCCUCACGCUGCUCACUUACUGCUCAGGUUGCAGCUCGCAGCCUGUGCUGACUCAACCGCCCUCGAUAUCCGUGUCCCCCGGAGAGAAUGUGAGACUGGCCUGCACCAUGCCCUCAGGGUACAGCAAUCCCAGCUACAGGGUACAUUGGUACCAGCAGAAGCCAGGCAGUGCCCCGCGGUUCGUGUACCACUAUCAAGCUAGCAAUAGCCAGGGCAGGGGCACAGGGAUCCCAGCACGAUUCACGGUCUCCCCUGACACCUCCAACAACCUCUGGAAUUUAGUUAUCUCUGGGGUCCAAGCAGAGGAUGAGGCUGAUUAUUACUGUGCCACAUGGGAUGGUCGUAGUCUCACUCAUCACAGUACCUGCUCCCAGUACGUGGUGACUCAGGAGCCCUCCUUGUUGGUGUCUCCUGGAGGGACUGUCAAACUCUCCUGUCUCGUGAGCAUCGUCUCUGACAUCACCAGCGUCUACCCGUACUGGAUCCAGCAGCUGGGGCGGAGAGAAUCGGAUGGUUCUUGGAAGAGAGACGUGAUCCUCUGGAUUCUCACCAUGGCCUGGGCCCCUCUGCUUCUCACACUGCUCACUUACUGCAUUGAUUUCAGUUCUCAGCAGCUCCAGUCGCUGAAGGCAUCCGAGUUAGUGUCUCCUGGAGGAACCGUGACCCUCUCCUGCAGCCUGAGCAGUGGGGCCCUCACUGAUCACAACCACCCCUUCUGGGUUCAACAGAGACUGGGGAAUGUUCCUCGGCUGAUCAUGCAUAGCACCAGUACCAGGCCCUCGGGGAUCCCAGAGCGUUUCACUGGCUCCAGAUCGGGUAACACCAUGUCCUUGACCAUCACGGGGACCAUAGCAGAGGAUGAUGCUGAUUAUUACUGUUCUGUGUGGACUGGGAGUGCUCAUCACAGCGGUACAAUCAGAUGA